AAUCAGCUCAGAGAGAAAAACAACCUCCGUACAGACAGAGUCAGAGCGGCAGUCAGUCAAGUCUGGAGGCUUUGAUUUGAGGGUCCUGGUAGUUCUGGUCCUAGUGGACCUGGUGAUUCCAGACCCGGUGGUUCUGGUGCCGGUGCUGUGGACAUGGAUCGUCGUCUGAGUCUGGAGGAGCAGCUCAGGUGUCCUGUCUGUCUGGACAUCUUCUCUGAACCACUGAUGUUACAGUGUGGACACUCCUACUGCAGAUGUUGUGUGCGCUCCAUGACGAUGGACCUGCUGGGCCAGCUGCAGUGUCCUGUGUGUCGCUGUGCGGUGGACGGAGACAGUCCUUCUCCCAACGUCACUUUGGCUCGAAUUAUUGAGGCUCUUCAGGAAGUGAGUGUUUCAGGUGGAGCUCAGCUGGAGACGUGUCCUCAACAUCACAACCCGCUCAGCCUUUACUGCGAGGACGAGCUGACGGUGAUCUGUGGCCUCUGUGGAAGCAUCGGAGCUCACCGUGGACACAAGAUCACGCCUGUGAGCUCCGUCUACAGCCGCAUGAAGGAGGACAUUUCCUGUCUGAUGACUGAGUUCCAGCAGCAGAAACGUAAAGUCGAAGAUCACAUCUGUAAACUUUCGUACAACAGAUCGAGAAUCACGAACGAGUCCGACGUGCUGAAGUGGGUCGUGAGGAAGGAGUUCGGUGAACUGCGGCGCUGCCUGGAGGAGGAGGAGGUGGGGUUCAUGCAGCAGGUGGAGACGUCUGCUGCCGUCCUCAUCCUGUCCCUCCAGAACCAGACGGACCAGUUAAACCAGAACCUGAACCGACUGCAGGAGGCGCACAACACCCUGCAGGAGCUGAGCAACGAGGGACACUUGGACUUCAUCAUGAAGUACGGAUCGAUGGCUCCGAGGUUCAGAGCGAGUCAGAAGCUCCACCAGGGGGAGCUCUUCAGCUCCGUCAACUUCAAACCAGGUUUCAACCACAACGACAUCAAACUCACAGUCUGGAAGAGACUACACCGAAAAGUCCUGCCAGCACCAGAGAUGUUGAAGCUGGAUCCUCAGACCGCUCACCCGAUGUUGGAGCUCCAUCACGGGGACACGGUGGUGUUCUGUGGGGCUGUGCUGCGGAGACUUCCUGAUAAUCCAGAGAGGUUCAGUUAUAGUUACUGUGUCCUCACCGACCGAGGCUUCUCCUGUGGGAAACACUACUGGGAGGUGGAGGUGGGUAACAAACCAAGAUGGCGUCUUGGUUUGGUCAAAGGAACAACCGGUCGCAAGUCCAAGCUGGUCAAGAGCCCAGAGAGCGGGGCGUGGCUGAUCGGACUGAAGGACGGAGUUUAUGAAGCCUUCUCCUCACCCAGGGUCGUCCUCCCGGUGUCCACGCCCCCCCGCCGGGUGGGACUGCUCCUGGACUACGAGGGAGGAGGUCUGACCUUCUACAGCAGCGACAGUCCUGACGAGCUGGGCUUCAUCUACAGCUUCAGGCUGGACAUCCAGGGGAAAGUCUACCCCCUGCUGGACAUCUGCUGGCAUGACCGAGGAGACAACAAACAGCCCAUGAUCCUCCCCCAGCCUCACAGGGCCCACCUCCUCCCCCAGCCCCUCCCCCAGCCCCUCCCCUACAAGCAGGGAAAGUGA